GAAGAAAACGUAUAUAGAAACAGUGUGGUUCAGUCUUCCUUUCCUCUCCAUCACGUCUUUCCCAUUUUUUUUUCUUUCUCUCUCAAAUUCUCGACUGCCCUUUUCUGAUUAACCAAACAAUCCCUUUCUUCCUACUCGACAUUUUUCUCUGUUCUUUGACCGAAAACCUUUGGGUUCUUUUUCUUCUUCCUGUUUGUUUCUUAAGAAACUGCAAGAAACUUCAGGAAAAAUCAAAUUUAUCAUUCCAGAUUUGAGAGUUUGAUUAACUUUUUACUUCACUCAACAAACCCAUGCUUUGUUUAACUUAAAUUUUGUUUGAGUUGAUUUUUUGAAAGAGUUUGAAGAACAAAGCAGUUGAUUUUGGACUUUUUUUUUUUUGUUUGCAUUUUGUUUCUGUUCUUCCUCCGUUUUCUAGGCAGCAAGCGGAGGGCUGAUAAUAGAUAAAAAGUUGAAAGUGAGAAUGCUGGGGACUGGGUCGCAAUUUGGGAAGGUUCGAGGAGAGGAUCGGUUUUACAUUCCAGUUAAAGCUAGAAAAAAUCAAAACCAAAAAGAAAAACAGAAGCAAAAACAGGAAGUUGUUAAGGAAGAUAAUGAGAAAAGUAGUAGUAAUUCGUCAUCAUCACCAGCAAAGAACAGGGCUUUAGCUUCCGAUAAUAAUAAUAAGAAGAAGAAUCUUAAGGAGACUUUGGUUUCAAGUACUGUUCCGUGCUCUGAGGAAACUGGGAUCUCAAGGAGUAACCUUGAAAGGUUCCUGGAGUCGACCAGGCCUUCAGUCACGGCUCAAUAUUUUUCAAAGAAAACGAUGAGGGGACGGAGGACUUGUGAUGUGGAGUUUCAGCCUUACUUUACCUUGUCUGAUUUGUGGGAGUCUUUCAAGGAAUGGAGUGCAUAUGGCGCUGGGGUGCCUUUGGUACUUGAUGGGAGUGAUGGUGUUGUUCAGUACUAUGUUCCAUACUUGUCAGGGAUCCAAUUAUAUGGUGAAUCUAUGCAUGCAAAUGCUAAGCUGAGGCUAUCUGGAGAAGAGAGUGAUGGUGACUACUACAGAGAUUCAAGUAGUGAUGGAAGUAGUGAUUAUGAAAUAGACAAAGGCAUUAAAUUUUCUAGAGAGCAGCGUAGUCUAUUCAAUUUGACAAAUGAUAUCCAUUUUGGAGUUAGCAGUUUGUCUAUAAGUGAUGAAAACAGUACACUGCAUGAAGGGUUUUUUAGUGAUGAUAGUGAAGCUGGGAACUCUCGAGAUCGCCUGCUGUUUGAGUUUUUUGAGCAUGAUACUCCUUAUAGUCGUGAACCCUUGGCAGACAAGAUAUUUGACCAGGCUUGUGAGUAUCCUGGUUUGAAGACAUUAAGAAGUUGUGACUUACUACCCAUCAGUUGGAUAUCUGUUGCAUGGUAUCCCAUAUACCGAAUACCUACAGGUCCUACAUUAAAAGAUUUGGAUGCAUGCUUUCUAACAUACCAUUCCCUUUGCACACCCAUAGAAGGCAGCGGAAGUGGCCAAACACCAUUUGUAGUAUAUCCCGAUAAGGCUGAUGGUAUACCGCAGAUUUCACUACCUGUUUUUGGAAUGGCAUCUUAUAAAUUUAAAGGAUCCAUGUGGACACAGAAUGGCGUGAGCGAGUGUCAACAUGCUAAUUCCCUUAUGCAGGCUGCAGAAAACUGGCUAAGGCUGCAUCAGGUCAAUCACCCAGAUUUUCAGUUUUUUGCUUCACAUGGGAUGUACCUCUAGUGAAAUCAAAUCAAGAUAUAAGUCAGUGCGAUUCUUUGCUUUUCCACACUGCAAAAAAAACAAUGCCCUAAACUUGCAUGCUAAAUGCAUGGUCAAACUGAGAUUAAAUGCUAUAAAUUUUUGGUAUAGCGGUGGCAUACCAGUUGAGGGAGUUUU